AAAUUUUAGAAAAACAUUUUUAAAAAAAUUCUAAAACAAAAAUCAUGGAUUACUCAUACCUAAAUCAAGCUGCCGCAACAUUCGACUCAACCUGCCUUCAAUCAGCAAUGGAUCCCAGUGGACUUAACAUGCCAUGCUCCUACGGCGAUCUCACAUCGUGCAAUCAAAUGUCACAAGCAGCAUACAGAUAUACAGCAGCUGCUGCAUCAAUGGCUAGGAGUUAUAAUCCAGUAUCAGUGACUGGUGUUGGACCUGGCAAUGCACUUCAUCAUUCUGUACCGCCGGGCACUCAGUGCUCUGUUAUGGGAUCGAGACAGGAUGUUCAUCGUGCUGCAAUGUUUCCGUCGUCAAUGAAUUUGCAAUCUGGCCUUCCAUACAAAGUCUACACAGGACACGACUCGGUGCUUAGUGAAAAACGCAAACAACGUCGAAUACGAACAACAUUUACAUCAGCACAGCUGAAAGAGUUAGAGCGAGCAUUCCAAGAGACUCAUUACCCGGACAUUUAUACGCGAGAGGAGAUAGCAAUGAAAAUUGACUUAACUGAGGCGAGGGUUCAGUUAACCUCAAAAUCCCAACAAAGUCACAUGAUGUACCUCAAAAAGUUAACAAACCUCCUUCAAAUCACAGUCAUCCUGCACCUCAUCCCUCCAUCAACCCAGCUAGACAAGAAAUGCUCAGAAAUCUUCUACAAUCACGUUCAUCCCUAUCACUGUUGUGAAUAUCCAAUAGCAGACACCAAAAAGACAAGCUCUGAUCACUGCUAUAUUGAAUGUCAGCAGAGUGACAACUUCUGUUGCAUCUAUAACUGCAUACAUAAGGAAUUUAGGAUGUUUGACAAUGGAAUGGUCGCUGUUGAUGGAAGAUUAAGUCAUUAUGAAUCAGAUUAUCAGAAUAAGAAGGGGAUGAAGGAGGUUUGGGACACGGUUGUGAGGAAAUCUGUGGAUACUUUAAAAGUGGAAACAAAGCCGAAAGAAGACUGCAAAAUGCCGGAAUUCAUUUACAUGGUGUUUGCAUGUCAACAACAUUUGAACUUCCUAAGCUGUCCAACCUUUAAAAAUACAUCAAUUUGUAAGAAAGCUUAUGACUUAGUCAAGAAUAAUGAAGAAUGUGUGCUGAAAUAUGAAAAUCAUAAGUUUAUGAGGCAAGAAUUCUGGUUCAUUGAUGAAAUUUCAGAGGAAAGUGAUGAGUUGGACUGCAUUAUUUAUCAAUUAUUUUAA